AUGUCAAAGGCCGUCCUCUCGUCCAGAAACGAAGGUUCCGAGGAGAGGAAAGCUCUUGUGGAGUUGCGCGCCUCCGUUGUUACUGAAAGUCCCACUGGACUCAAGUCUGUGCGCGCCGAAGUUAAAUUUAACUGUCUGCAGUGCACACUUAUUCCGGAGUUUGUUGAGAAGUUAAGAGGAAUAACAGCAGAUGUCAAAGCUCGACUUAUUACACAAGCGAAAGAGCGCGACCAAAGACUCAGCCUCUCUAAGAAUGAAGACAAAAAACCACCCACUGCGAAUACCAAAAAUCCGCACAACGGGCGCUUGGGGGCCCCUGCCCUUAAAUUAUUGGUCACUUUUGCCGUGGAGAAGUUGGCGGUUGCCUGUGUUCAACCUUCGACUCCCGUAUUCUCUUGGGUGGAACCCGGCUCGCUAUUUGCCAGUGCUGUUAUUGGUCAGUUGAAUGUUUCCGUCCAGUACCAGAAGGAUUUCCUUCAGCUGAGAGGCAACUUGACUAGCAUCCGCGUGGAGGACCACACACGCGACCCGGACUCCUUGUACUCUGCUGUCUGUCUCAGCUCACCCAAGAGCGAGGUCUUCCACUUUGAGAUAGUCCGCUAUCUUUCCAACGCAGACUCGAGGAUAUUCAGUGUAGAUACGCGUUUCGUUCUUGGCGAACUUACCAUUAACUUUUUCAUGCGUUUUGUGAUGCUGUGCAGGUGGUAUGUCUCGUUAUUUUGCACCCAUGAGAACUUUGUGAGGUCGGUGGCGGGUGCGGCCAACAGCGCAGCGGAAGUAUUAACUCAGUCGGCGACCUAUGUCAAUAUUCAUGUCACCGCCGAGUGUCCGCACAUUUCCUUGCCACGCAGGCAAAACAGCGCCAGUCACUUCAUGCUCGACUUAGGGACUCUGAACAUCUCAAACAAAUUCAUAAAAGAUGCUGAAGAUAAUGAAAUCGACGAAAUUAUCAUCGCUUUGAAGGAAAUGAGCGCUUCGUUUUGCGAUGGGGCAGGGAAAAAAAGAGGAAAGACUCUGCUGGACAAAACAAGGCCUCUUUGA